AUGAAGCCCAAGGUUUAUCAAUUCCUCGUCGGAGUGUUUGCGUCCUUUGGAUCGCUGCUCUUCGGUUAUGAUUUGGGUGUCAUUGCCCAGGUCAUUGCCUCUCAGUCGUACAAAGAGACCUUCAACACGUCUGAUACCUCUCCCGAAACUGGUGCUGUAGUUGCUCUGUUCACAGGAGGUGCCUUCUUUGGUGCUGGGUUUGCCAGUCCCACAGCUGAAUACCUCGGUCGACGAUGGACCAUUACGAUCGGUUCAAUCAUUUUCCUCCUCGGAGGCGCUCUCCAAACUGGAGCUCCUCAGAUCUCAUACCUCAUGGCUGGUCGAUUCCUCGCUGGUCUCGGUGUCGGUUUCCUCACCAUGAUUAUCCCUCUCUACCAAGCCGAAAUUGCCCACCCUUCGAUUCGAGGCCGAGUUACCGCUCUCCAGCAAUUCAUGUUGGGCAUCGGUGCCCUUAUCGCGAGUUGGACAGGAUGGGGCACAUACAACAACUAUACCGACAACCGACAAUGGCGAAUCCCCCUCGGUAUCCAGUGUAUUCCCGCGCUUAUCCUCGGUUCGCUCAUCUUCGUCUUCCCCGAGUCGCCUCGCUGGCUUAUGGACCAGGGUAAGCAGGAAAAGGCGCUGCAUACCCUUGCUCGUCUGCACUCCAAUGGCAACGUCGACGACGCCUGGGUGCGAGCGGAGAUCGAGCAGAUUCAGGAAAGUAUCGCCGAUGAGCAAGCCAACUCAGCCAAGUCCUACAUGGAGCUUUUCCGAAACAUGUCAUGCUUCCGUCGUCUUCUGAUUGCUUGCGGUCUCCAGGCCUCAAUCCAGAUGACUGGUGUUUCUGCUAUUCAGUACUACUCUGUUACUAUCUACGAGCAGGCUGGCAUUGGCGCUUCCGAUGCUCUCAAGUACCAGGCCAUCAACUCUAUCAUUGCUCUUAUCGCCCAGGCUCUUUGCAUUGCCUUUAUCGAUCGUUUCGGUCGUCGAUGGACUCUGAUCUGGGGUAACCUGUUCAACUGCCUGACCUUCAUCAUUGCUACUAUCAUGCUGGUUGUCUACCCUCCUGGUUCUGGUAGUGCUGCUCAGGGCUGGGGUUUCAUCAUUGUUACUUGGGCCUACAACUUCUCCUUCUCAGCCACUUGCGGACCUCUAUCCUGGAUCAUCCCUGCCGAGAUCUUCGAUACCCGCACUCGUGCCAAGGGUGUCUCCCUCGCCACCAUGACCUCCUUCGCUUUCAACACCAUGAUCGGACAGGUCACCGGUAUUGCCAUGGGCUCUGUCGGCUGGAAGUACUACCUUGUCUUUGUUGUCUGCAACUUCACCAACGCCCUUUGCGUCUGGGCUUUCAUUCCUGAGACCAAGCAGCUUCCUCUCGAGGAGAUGAACUAUCUGUUCACCAACGCUCCCUGGUUCAUUCCUUCAGUUGACAAGAGCCAGUACACUGCCGAUUACCAGGCCGACUUGGCUCGCCGGGCUGAAAGAAUCGAUGAGAAGUUGACUGCUGAGCACGAGACCGGCGAGCACGUUUCCAAGAUCUAA